AUGCGGGAAGAAGAACAACAACAACAACAACAACAACAACAACAACAACAACAAUCUCUCUCCAUGUACGAAAAGCUUGGCCGCAUCGGCGAAGGCACCUACGGCGUCGUGUACCGAGCCAGAGAUAAGAAGACGAACGAAAUCGUCGCUUUGAAGAAAGUGCGCAUGGACCGAGAAAAAGACGGCGUUCCAAUCACCACUUUGCGGGAAGUCAGAAUAUUGCAACACUGCUGUUCGCACGAAAAUAUAGUCCACUUAAUGAGAGUCGUCCAAGGGAACCAACUGAACAACGUCUUCUUAGUGUUUGAAUACUGCGAACACGACUUGGCUUCUCUGUUGGAUAACAUGCGUCAGCCGUUUUUAGAGAGCGAGUCGAAGUGUUUAAUCGUCCAACUGUUGAAAGCGGUGGAAUAUUUACACGACCGGUGGAUUAUGCACCGGGACUUGAAGUUAUCGAACUUGUUAUUGAACAACCGAGGGGAGUUGAAGUUGUGCGAUUUCGGAUUGGCGAGGAGUUUUGAACCCGAGAGAGAAGGAGAGGAAGAAUCAGACGAGGAAAUAGAAGAAGAAGAAGAUGAAGAGGAUGACAACGGGAAAAAACGGAGGAGGAGGAAGAAAAGGCAAAUGUGUUACACGCCGAAAGUGGUGACGUUGUGGUAUCGCGCGCCAGAAGUGUUGUUCGGAGACGACGCGUACACGGCAUCCAUCGAUAUUUGGGCCGCCGGAUGUGUCCUCGCGGAGUUUUUAAAGCACGAUCCACUUUUCCCCGGAAAGACGGAAGUGACGCAGUUGGAACUGAUUUUUAAACUGUUAGGCGCGCCGAACGAAAGGAUUUGGCCGGGAUGGAGCAAACUGCCAAACGUGGGCACGACGCUCGUUCCAGAGCAACCGUACAACUAUCUCGAGCAUGAGUUUCCGAACUUACACCAGAGAGGUAUUGAUUUACUCAACUUGAUGCUGACGUACGAUCCGAAACGACGGUGCUCGGCGAAAGAUGCGCUGGCGCAUCCGUAUUUCAAGACACAACCGAGACCAAAGUUGAAAUCUGAGAUGCCGAGCUUCCCGACGUUACACUCGCGUGUCAAUAAGAACGAAAACGAUUUUGGAGAAAAGUUUUAA